AUGUCUCAGGUAAGACUACAGUGCUGGACUAGGGAGGGACAUGUAGAGUUAUGACAUGAUCUCACCAAAGAGCUCACUGAAACUUGCCUAGAAAGUUUCUGCCUAGGAAACCUACUGGAGAACUCUACAUGGGAUUUUUUUUCCCCUCUUUUUCGGCUUUCCAUUUCUUCCAUCUCUUCUUCUCCAGCCUGAAGACGGGGAGGAGGGACAGCUGAAGCGUCCUGAGGUGAGCGAGGAGGAUCUGAUCGGAGCGAAGGAUAAGCUGAUCUCCAAAGGAGAGCUGAAGGGCAAGACCAUAGAAGUGAUGGAGGAGUGUGGUGAGCAGAGUGCCGCUUUUAUUGGCAUGACAAUGGGAUUAGGGCAGCAUUUCCCAAACUCGGUGCACAGCUGAUAAAAAUUAUCAAAGCUUGAUGAUUAGCUGAUUAUUUUAAUCAGUUGUGUAGUGCUAGGGCAAAAAAACAAAAUAUGCACCCUUUGGGGUCCUGAGGACAGAGUUUGGGAAACCCUGGGUUAGGGGGUUAAGAAUAUUGGGCAGGAGUAUGUAGUUAAAAAACCUCUGAAAUCUGUUUGUCGUUUUUGUCGCUGAUUUAAAGCGGCAAUCAACAGUUGAAACUAUAACAAAAUAUACUCCCCGCCCGUUUCGGUAAAAAGGCUGAGGGAUGGGGCUGGAGAAAUGUAACCAAUCUCAAAUUCAUAUACAGAGCUAUGGAUGCGAGGACUGGCUAUCAAAAUUAUAGUUUGAACCAUGUUGAGGCUAAAUAGUGUUUGUUUACAUUUAUUUGUUUACAAACAUUUGAAUAGGACAAGCUUAUAUUAUGGGUUAUUAUGGGAUACGACAGUUUAAUUAAGCUUGUGAGGCAUUUAUAAGUUAUAUUCUUCAAGAAUCAAUGGGUAUAUAUUAAUUAAUAAGUUCAAGAAUGGAUGUAGCAACUGCUGAUUGCCCCUUUAAGAUUGGAAACACAAGUGUACAUAUAGAGAACCUGAGCUGCAUUUAGACAGGUAGCUCAAUUCUGAUAUUUCUUCCACUAAUUGUUCUUUUGACCAAUCAGAUCUGAUCUGUCAAAAUACCAAUUAGUGAAAAAAAAGAUCAGAAUUGGGCUGCCUGUCUAAACACAGCCAGUGUUAUAGAACAAAAGAGGGAGUUAGAGAGUAGAGGGGGCGUUCCUUACCGUGAUGAAGUUUCCACUCCAUAUACAGCACAGUUGAGGAUGGUCAAGACAAGAGGGAGACUCACUGAACUGUCAAACACAGUGACCCUCUCCCUGCGGCAUAAACUAUGGAUGUUUAGACAUAUCUACUGUAUCACGUAGCUCUUCCACUUCAGAGUGAUGGAUGGAUCUGUGUUGUGUUCACAGAGCGUGCGGGUAAAGUCGCCCCGUCUGUGUUCAGUGGAGUGCGUUCAGGGAGAGAGACCGCCUUCAACAAGCCCCAGGCUCGACAAAUCAAGAAGUAG